AGAAUCCUUAGCGCUCUCAGUAUUGCCAGUCAUCGUGCUGCAGUGACUGCGCAGAUAUUCAAUAAUAAACUCUUUAAAACUCCUUUAAAGAGUUCUUUAAAAGUCCUUUAAAGAGUUCCCUGUUUCUCCGCUCAUCACCAUGAAGGAGUUAGCAGCGAAGAAGAAGUCUGGAGCCCAGAAGAAGGAGGAGAAGCAGGAGCCGCUGGAGGAGGAGAUGCCGGAGGAGGAGGCUCCUGGAGCGGGGAAGAAAGAGCCUAAACCCGGGGAGACGGACAGCCUCACGCUGGAGGACAUCAGGGAGCAUGUGAAGCAGAUAGAGAAGGCGGUGUCUGAGGAGCCUCGCUUCGUGCUCCGGGCUCUCAGAGCUCUCCCCUCCACCAGCAGGAGGCUGAACACCAACGUGCUGCACAAAGCCCUCACUGGGUUCUUCACCAACAACACCAUCACCAGAGACUUCCUGCUGAGCAACCUGGAGGAGCCGAUGGAGAUGACGGACGGAGACGUGGUGCAGUUCCGUCCCCGGACAGGUAAAGCAGCCUCAGCUCCUCUGCUGCCCGAGGUGGAGGCGUACCUGCAGCUGCUGCUGGUGGUGCACCUGACCAACAACAAGAGAUACUCAGAGGCUCAGAAGGUGUCUGACGACCUCCUGCAGAAGAUCGGAUCUAAGAACCGCAGAGCUCUGGAUCUGGUGGCUGCCAAGUGUUACUACUAUCACGCCAGAGUGUACGAGUUCCUGAAGCAGUUCGACUCCAUGCGCAGCUUCCUGCACACCCGGCUGCGCACGGCCACACUGCGUCACGACGCUGACGGCCAGGCGGUGCUCCUGAACCUCCUGCUGAGGAACUACCUGCACUUCAACCUGUACGACCAGGCGGAGAAGCUGGUGUCCAAGUCUGUGUUCCCCGAGCUGGCCAACAACAACGAGUGGGCCCGCUACCUCUACUACACAGGCCGCAUUAAGGCCAUCCAGCUGGAGUACUCUGAGGCCCGCAGGACCCUCACCAACGCUCUGAGGAAAGCUCCUCAACACACCGCCGUGGGCUUCAAGCAGACGGUACACAAGCUUCUGAUCGUGGUGGAGCUUCUUCUCGGGGAGAUUCCUGACCGGCUGCAGUUCAGACAGCCGUCCCUGAAGAGGUCUCUGAUGCCGUACUUCUUGCUGACUCAGG